CCAAGGGCGACGCCGGCCUAGCGCGGGGCAGCUCCGGGGAGCAUGCUCAGUCCCUGCCGGCGCCCGGUGGCGGCGGGAGCGCAGCGGCCGGAGGAGGAGGCGGAGCCGCCGCCGGCCGGAUGGAGCCGCCGCCGCCCGCAGCCCAAGCUGGAGCCGGAGGCGCCGCCUGUGCCCGCCGGGGAGCCGGAGCCGGGGCCGGGGUCGAGGAGAAGGCGGCCCGCGCCGAGGCGGCGCCGCCGCCAGGGAGAGGGCCGAGGGGUCCAGCCGCGCCGCGGGGCCGGACCGGGUGGCGCGGCGGCGGCGCGCAGGAGCCGCCGCGCGAGAGAAAGGGCCCGGCCGGCGGGGUCGCGCCCGCCGGCCCGCCGCGCCCCCGCCCGCGCGCCCGCCGCUCCGCGCGCCCGGUCACGGUGGACAGCUCCAAGGCGCGCACCUCGCUGGAGGCGCUCAAGCUCAGCCUGCGCGAGCUGCGCUGGAAGGAGUUUCCGUUUGGCCGCCGUUUGCCCUGCGACAUCUAUUGGCAUGCUGUCUCGUUUCACGACAAUGCCAUUUACUCUGGGCAGGUCAACAAAUUUCCAGGCAUGACUGAAAUGGUGAGGAAGGUCAACCUGAGCCGUGCCAUGAGGACAAUGCAGGAGCUCUUCCCGGAAGAAUACAAUUUCUAUCCCCGCUCCUGGAUCCUCCCAGAUGAGUUUGCCAUCUUUCUUACCGAGGUAAACCUGAGGAAAGAGAACAACCCCAGGUGGAGGCCCACCUUCAUAGUGAAGCCUGAUGGGGGCUGUCAGGGGGAUGGGAUUUACCUCAUCAGGGAUCCCACCGAGGUCCGGAUGAUGGGGAGCCUGCAGAGCAGGCCAGCGGUGGUCCAGGAGUACAUGUCCAAACCAUUCUUGAUCGACAAGCUGAAGUUUGACAUCCGUUUGUACGUCCUGCUGAAGUCUCUCGAUCCCCUGGAGGUCUACGUCGCCAAGGACGGGCUCUGCCGGUUUUGCACGGAGCCCUACCAGGAGCCGGCCCUGAAGAACCUCCACCAGGUGUACAUGCACUUGACCAACUACUCACUCAACAUCCACAGCGGGAAUUUUGUCCACUCCGACAGCGGCAACACCGGGAGCAAACGGAUGUUUUCCAGCAUCCUGGGCAAGCUGUCUUCCGGCGGCGUCGACAUCCGGAAGGUCUGGUCCGAUAUUAUCUCGCUGGUCAUCAAGACCGUAAUCGCCAUCGUCCCUGAGCUGAAGGUGUUUUACCAGUCUGAUAUUCCCGCUGGGAAGCCGGGGCCUUCUUGCUUUCAAAUUUUAGGGUUUGACAUCCUGCUGAUGAAGAAUCUGAAGCCGAUAUUGCUGGAAGUCAACGCCAACCCCAGUAUGAAAAUCGAACAUGAGCAUGAGGUUUCUCCGGGAGUCGUGGAAUACAUCCCCAGCCCAGUUGAUGAGGAGGUCAAAGUUGCCGUCAUCCGGGAUACCCUCCGGUUGGUGGACCCUCACAAGAAGAGGACGAAGGAGCAGGCGGCCCAGGCGUCGGCCGAGCCAGUGGAACCCGCAGCCCAGGACAAGGACAGCUUCUUUGAAGAGGGGCCGGAGGACAAGACCGAGCAGGGGGGCAGCCAGACGCCAGAAGCCGAGCCCCCCGCCAUCUGCCUGAAGCAGGUGUUCCCCAAGUACGCCAAGCAGUUCAGCUACCUGCGGCUGGUGGAACGGAUUGCCGCGCUCUUCAUCCGCUUCCUGGGGGUGAAGGGGACCACGAAGCUGGGGCCCACCGGCUUCCGGACAUUCAUAAGGAACAGCAAGAUCAGCAACAGCGGCUUCAGCAUGGCUGCGGGGGACAUCCUCUACAUCGACAUCACCCGGCGGGGGAUGGGGCCCAGCAUGGACCAGCGAGAUGCUGGGAUGAGCCUGCAAGCCUUCGUGGAAGCGGUUUGCUUCCUGGCCCAGAGGAGGUACAAGUCCCUCUCGCUUCACGAGCAGGUGGAGCUGCUCCUGGAUUUCUGUGAGUACAACUUGGCUGUCCUGGACGAGAAGCGCCUGGCCUGCAGCCGCGUCGGCCCCGAUCGGCAACCCGCCCUGGUCACCUGCCCUCAAGACCAGCUGCAGCUCAGCCCCGCCACAUCCAGCUCGGCUCGGCUACACAGAACCGCGUCCCAUAAGUUUGUCGACUGCAGGGGCUCCCAGCCCUGAAGAGGACCCCUUUCACUGGGACGACAGGAAGGUCUCCCCGACCUGAUGCCA